AUGGGACUCUUCGAAGCCUUUUUUGGCAAGAGCAUGACCCCUCAGGAGAGAUUGAAGAAGAAUCAAAGGGCACUUGAGAGGGCACAAAGGGAAUUGGAAAGAGAAAAGAGGAAGCUUGCCACACAAGAGAAAAAAAUCAUUCAAGAAAUCAAGAAAUCUGCAAAGCAAGGUCAAAUUAAUGCUGCUAAGAUUCAGGCUAAGGAUCUUGUGAGAACAAGAAAUUAUAUGGAGAAGUUCGAUAAUAUGAGGACUCAAUUACAGGCGAUCUCGUUAAGAAUUCAAGCUGUUCGUUCUAGUGAUCAAAUGACUAGUUCCAUGAGAGAAGCUACUGGAUUAUUGGCCGGAAUGAAUAGAUCGAUGAACCUACCACAAUUACAAAAUAUAUCUAUGGAAUUUGAGAAGCAGACGGAUUUGAUGGACCAACGUCAAGAAUUCAUGGAUGAAGCCAUUGACAAUGCUAUGGGAGACGAAAUAGAUGAGGAUGAAGAAGCUGAUGAAAUUGUGAAUAAAGUUCUAGAUGAAAUUGGAGUUGAUUUACAUGCUCAAUUACAAAGUACUCCACAAGGUGUUAUGGGUAAUACAGAAGAUCAAGCUACAGAAUCUCCUAACAAGCAAGCCGUUGUGGAAGGUAUGGGUCCAUCGAGCCACUCUAGUCCCGACGAUGAACUACAGGCAAGGCUUAAUAAUUUAAAGAAACAAUGA